GAGCAGGCCGCCGCUCGCCAGAAAGCCUUGCAGCCCAAGUUUGCAUCAUUUUCGGUUCCCCUUCUAAGCACUCUUGCUGCCAAGGGAGAGGGAAGAGAGCAGAAAGGCGAAAGAGGGAGAGAGAGAGAAGAGCAGGCAGGAUGGCAAGGUACGACCGCGCGAUCACGGUUUUCUCGCCGGACGGGCACCUUUUCCAGGUGGAGUACGCCCUCGAGGCCGUCCGGAAGGGCAACGCCGCCGUCGGCGUCCGUGGCACCGACACCAUCGUCCUCGGCGUCGAGAAGAAAUCUACCGCCAAGCUCCAGGACUCUCGAACUGUCAGAAAAAUUGUAAAUUUGGAUGAUCAUAUUGCUUUAGCAUGUGCUGGGCUGAAAGCAGAUGCACGGGUUCUUAUAAAUAAGGCACGCAUUGAAUGCCAAAGUCACAGACUUACAGUUGAGGAUCCUGUCACUGUUGAGUAUAUCACACGAUAUAUUGCCGGGCUUCAGCAAAAGUAUACUCAAAGUGGUGGCGUCAGACCAUUUGGACUGUCAACCUUGAUUGUUGGCUUUGACCCCUAUACAGGUGUGCCAUCUCUCUAUCAGACUGACCCUUCAGGAACCUUCUCUGCCUGGAAAGCCAAUGCCACUGGGAGAAACUCCAAUUCCAUGAGAGAAUUCUUAGAAAAGAACUAUAAGGAGACAUCAGGUCAAGAAACCAUUAAGCUCGCUGUUCGUGCUCUCCUUGAAGUCGUUGAGAGUGGAGGGAAAAACAUAGAGAUUGCUGUCAUGACAAAAGACAAGGGAUUGCGACAGCUGGAAGAAUCUGAAAUUGAUGACAUUGUGGCUGAAAUUGAAGCGGAAAAGGCCGCUGCUGAAGCAGCGAAGAAACAACCGCCUAAAGAGAGCACGUCCUGAAUGUUUUAGGUUGGUCCGGUAGAACUUUUAUUUCGGCAGAGUUGAUUACAGAUUGUUAUGUCCUUGAGAACUUAUUAGAUGACAUUGGAUGUUUCUUUUGUAUUUCUAAUUGCCAGUUUCUUUCGAGGGUUAUUUGUUUUUCGGAAGGAAGACUGGCUGCAUAUACCACUUUCUGUGUUUCUUCCCAAUUUUUAACAGUAAACCGUCCGGUAGUUUAGCA